UAUCGGCCUUUUUUAAAGUGGAACUUUAAUUUUUUUUUCUCCUGUUUUAGGCUUCGAUGGAUUUGCCUCCGGACAAAGCGAAGCUUUUAAAGCAGUACGACAACGAGAAAAAAUGGGACAUCAUAUGCGAUCAAGAAAGAGUGCAAGCUAAGGAUCCACCAUCCCAUUAUUUAGCAAAAUUACGUACCUAUCUGGAUCCAAAAGCUUCGCGAAGCCAUCGAUCGUAUCGUUUUCUCGCAUUCUUCCAGAAGAGGAAAAUGGUUGGAGAGUCAACGUCGACUCAAGUAUUACGGGAUUUGGAAAUUUCCUUACGCACAAAUCAUAUAGAAUGGGUAAGGGAGUUCCUAGACGAAGAGAACCAGGGUUUGGACGCCCUUAUAGACUACCUCAGCUUCAGAUUACUCAUGAUGAGGCACGAACAACGUCUCUUGGAAUGUCAUGCGAGUUCUGAAGAAAAAUUACAAACCGUUGGUUCCGGGGAUACUUCACCCUUAAAUAACGGUUGUCUUAGACCGCCACUCCACGAACUUAAAGAUAGUCCUGGCGUUAAAAGAAGAUCUCGACACGUGGCGCGACUGAACAUGGGCGAAGCGAAAGAUGACAUUCAUGUUUGCAUAUUAUGCAUGCGUGCUAUCAUGAAUAAUAAGUACGGUUUCAACAUGGUCAUUCAGCAUCGUGAGGCAAUCAACUGCAUCGCGCUCAGUUUGAUGCACAAGAGUUUAAGAACAAAAGCUCUAGUUUUGGAACUUCUCGCUGCUAUCUGUUUGGUAAAGGGUGGUCAUGAAAUUAUCCUCUCCGCGUUCGACAACUUCAAGGAAGUUUGCUCGGAGCGACGACGAUUUACUACGCUUAUGGCAUACUUCACCCAAUAUGAUAGUUUUCACAUAGAAUUCAUGGUUGCCUGUAUGCAAUUCGUAAAUAUCGUUGUUCAUUCGGUAGAAGACAUGAAUUUCAGGGUUCAUUUGCAAUAUGAGUUUACCAAACUUGGUUUGGACGAGUAUCUUGAGAAACUGAGGCAUACCGAGAGCGAGGAUUUGCAGGUUCAAAUCUCUGCGUAUCUAGAUAACGUAUUUGAUGUAGCUGCCUUAAUGGAAGACAGUGAAACCAAGACUGCUGCAUUAGAAAAAGUAGCUGAAUUAGAAGAUGAACUUGGUCAUGCACAUGAUAGGAUGACAGAAUUAGAAAGAGAAUCGCUUGCAAAAUUAGCGGAAUUAGAGACUGAAUUAGGUGCAUUAAAAGUAGAAUAUGCUGAUGCUGUAGAAGCUCGUCGAUUGGCUGAAGAAGAAUUGACAGCUUUGAAAAGGCAAAAACAAGAUUCUGCUCGAAGACAAAGCGUUUUAGAAAAUAAAAUAAUCGAAUUAGAAACACUUACUGGCACUCUCACGAAGGGUUCAUCGACCAAUCUUCGAAAUGGAUGCGCUACGAGUCCUGUCAGUAAUUCAGAUAAUGUUACAUGCUCUACGCUUAAUUCGACUCCGUCUCCUACAUUAGAAGAACCUCCACCAUCCGCUCCAGCACCACCUCCACCACCUCCACCUCCGUGUCCACCACCACCUCCUAUGGCACCUCUUUCUCCCGGAGAUCAAAAAUUACCGCCACCUGCGCCUAUACCUCCACCACCUGCUGGAAUGAUGCAAGCACCAGAUGGAGCAAUGACUAUUAAACGAAAGGUUCAAACAAAAUAUAAACUUCCCACACUUAAUUGGAUUGCAUUAAAACCUAAUCAAGUACGAGGUACUAUUUUUAAUGAACUGGAUGAUGAUCGAUUGCACAAUUACAUAGAUUUUUCCGAUUUCGAAGAAAGAUUUAAAAUUGGUAUGGGAAGUCAUGUUGCUAAUGGCAAUAAUGAAAUCGAUGGUCUUCAAAGCUUUCCUAGUAAAAGAUUUAAGAAGCCAGAAAAUGUAUCGCUUUUAGAACAUACCAGAUUGCGAAAUAUCGCUAUAUCACGAAGAAAAAUGGAAAUGCCAGUAGAAAAAGUUAUUAUGGCAGUAAAUGCUUUGGAUUUAAAAGUACUUUCAUUGGAAAAUGUAGAAUUAUUACAACGUAUGGUGCCUACAGACCAAGAAAUAAAAGCAUAUAGGGAAUAUAUUAUAGAAAAGAAAAAUGUUAAUCUUCUAACUGAAGAAGAUAAAUUUUUAAUGCAACUCGGUAAAGUAGAAAGGAUAUCAACGAAAUUAUCUAUUAUGAAUUAUAUUGGAAACUUUUUUGACAAUUUACAUCUUAUUACGCCACAAAUACAUGCUGUGAUAUCUGCUUCAAGUUCAGUUAAAAGUUCAAAGAAACUACGAGCAGUAUUAGAAAUUAUCCUUGCUUUUGGAAAUUAUUUAAAUAGUAGCAAACGAGGCCCAGCGUACGGGUUUAAACUUCAAAGUUUAGACACAUUACUCGAUACGAAAUCAACGGACAAGAGAAUGUGCCUUUUACAUUAUAUCGUAGCAACAAUACGAGUCAAGUUUCCAGAAUUAAUUAAUUUCGAAUCGGAACUUAUGUACAUUGAUAAAGCUGCGACUGUGUCAUUGGAAAAUAUAACUACCGAUGUACACGAAUUAGAAAAAGGAAUGGAUCUUGUGAGAAAAGAAUUCGAACUUCGUGGUAAAGAAAAACAUAACACUGUCUUGCGAGAUUUCUUAAAUAAUUCCGAAGAAAAAUUGCGUCGUUUAAAAUCUGAUGCUCGUGCUGCCGGUGAAGCAUUCCGUGAAUGCGUUGAAUUUUUUGGAGAAAGUCCUAGACAAGCUGAUGCUAAUACAUUCUUCUCUCUUCUUGUCAGAUUCGCAAGGGCAUUUAAGGCUGCGGAUCAAGAAAAUGAACAACGUCGUCGAUUAGAAGCUGCUGCUGCAGAAGCUUUAAACGCCUCAGAAGAUGUUAUUAAACGUAACAAAUUAAAUCAAAAAAAGCAACAGGACGCUGUGAUAAAUGAAUUAAAAAAUAAAACAAGACUGGUUCAAGAGAAGAAAUUGCUGCAACAGGAUGAAGUUUAUAAUGGUGCUCUAGAAGAUAUUCUUCUUGGGCUUAGAUCGGAACCAUACCGACGAGCAGAUGCUGUUAGACGCAGCCAACGCAGACGUAUUGAUAAUCAUAGACUCUCUCGCACUGCCGAAGAACUAGAACUCUAAAUUAUGUUUCUCAGUGUUUUUUAUUUUAAA